GCCGCGAAGAGGGGGAGCUAUGGGGGCCUGGCCUGGCUAGGAAGGCUGAGAUGAAUCAUUCGUCUGUAAGCGACCGUACAGGGGGGACGAACGUCGCUGCAUUCACUCAUACAAUCAAGACUUGGUCACCUGUGGCCCUACAACAUGGAGGAAAUGUUAGGUUCAGAGGCACGUCCGGUCGUCGUGCGUCCCCACAAAGACGUCAAUAGCUUUGAACUCCGGAAUGGCAACUUGACACAUCUUCUCACCAACAGCGAUGUUGCAGACCUUCCUGUGGUGGUAUUGUCAGUCGCAGGAGGAUUCAGGCUUGGAAAGUCCUUCCUUCUCGGCUUCUGUAUCAGGUACCUGGAACACCUAGGGAUGUCGUCAGACCCAUCAGAUUGGAUGGACGAGGAGAAUAUACCGUUGACGGGCUUCUCUUGGAGGUACGGCAGCGAAAGAGAGACCACUGGCAUUCAGCUGUGGGGAAAAGUGUUCAAGGUGAAGACGCCACAAUACGGGAUCGUGGCAGUCGUUCUGAUGGACACGGAGGGCUCAUUCGACAACAGGUCCACGAUGGAAGGAAAUGUCACAGUUUUCUCAAUGAGCAUGCUACUGAGCUCCGUCCAAGUGUACAACCUCACCAAACACAUAACUCAAUCCGAUUUGGAGCACCUCAAGCUAUUUGCGGAGUAUGCUAACAUGGCUAGAGCUGCUGGCGGUCAGGGCAAGGAAGUGUUCCAGAAGCUGCUGUUUCUCAUUCGCGACUGGCAAUAUCCCGGAGAGAAGCCGUUUGGACUGGAAGGAGGACAAGCGCUGCUUCACCCUUUCCUUCAAAGAAACCCCACACUGCCACGUGAAGUAUCCGAACUACGUGAAAACAUCCGAAAUAGCUUCAGCGAACUGAAAUGUUUCCUCAUGCCCAGACCUGGUGACGUGGUAGAGAACUCGAGUUUCGACGGAAGACUUCGUGAUGUAUCUCCAGAUUUCAAGUAUCACUUGAAGAACCUCGUGUCUUACCUUCUUUCACCUGAAAGGCUAGUUCCGAAAAGGGUCAAUGGAAGAGUUGUUACAUGCAAGGAGCUCGUGUGCAUGUUUCAGACUUAUUUCACCGUCUUCAACCAGGAGGAGCUCCCUAAACCGAUGUCUGUCUUCAAUGCAACUGCAUUUGUCCAUAACAUGCGGAUCAUGGAUGAUAUCGUAAGAAAAUAUGAAACGUCGAUGGAAGGGGUCGCCUUUAGGAAUGGCUCUCUCGAGUCUGACACUGAUUUUGACAUGCAACAUCAAAAAGUAAUGAAAGAGUGCUUGUCACAGUUUGAAAAGGAACAGAAGCUGGGAAAUCACGACAUAGAACUUCGGCAACAGCUCGCAAAGGAUCUCAAUCGCUGUUACGAUAUGUGCAAACGUUAUCGUAAAAUGAUCAGGGAGUACAAGCGGGAGCGGGAGCACCGAGAAGAGACUCAGCGUGUUUACGAAGAGAAAGUGAAUCAGGUUAUUGAAGAGGAGAGGACUAAACACAUGGAAAAGAUUGAAGCUAUGGCCAAAAUACACAGCCUGGAUAUAGAACAGAUGAGAAAUGCUAUGCAACAGAAAUCAAAAGUUGGCUUCUGGGACAUCGCAAUGGGUGUACUAGGAGCUAUCCCCUAUGUGGGACCACUUCUCACCCUUGUAGUACGGUUAAUAAAGAGACGUUGAGUUCUCCGUCGCUUUUUGGAGCGAUUCCAGCUGCAGCUGUCAAACAUGAUCGACACAGAAGCAUUCCUUCUGUUAGCUGACAGUAAACACCUUGCAGCUAAUCUUUCAAUUUGUUCUAUUUUAUGCCUUAAUUUUGUGGUAUAUCGAUCCAAAAGAAUGCUUCCGUACUCUAUUGUUGGUCGUACCAGAGUAUAAUACGCGGCUAGUUUAGUCUCCUUUGUACCAAACUUUAACUUUAUUCUGAUUACGCAAAGUCUGUUUUGCUUUGUUGCAGACUAAACCAGCGUGUGUUUCCCAUUUACGGUGUGAAUUAAUCAUGGUGCCCAAGUAUUUAAAGCCGGUAACCCGCUCGAGCGUCUGUCCUUGAAUACAAUAUUCGUGAGCCAAUGGAGUCUUGCUAUUGUUCAUAUGCAAUACUUUUUUUUUUUUUGCAAUUAAUCGUCAUACCCGAGUCUGAGAACCAUUUCGUGAUAUCAUCUAAACAUUUGGAGAGGAACAGUUGAUGAUGAUUAUUCUUUACAGGACAGUAUACUAAACAGUCGUCUGCGAAGAGCCUAAAGGUGACAGAUGGAACAGCACACGAAGCAAUGCCAAUAAUAAAGAAUAAAAAUAACA